GAUGUGGCAACACUUUGAAUGAAUUUGAUUUGAACGUGUCUAUGGAAAUAUUUUCUGAUUCUUUUCAACACGAGUUUUGAAAUACGAAAAAAAUAUGAAGUGAAAUAUUAUUCUAUGGGGUUGAUUUUAUUGGAAACUGUAGCAAAGACAAGCUACAAUGAACAUGGGAGCAAAUGGAACCGAUGUGGCUGGGGAGGUGGCCCUCAUAGCUGAUGAACUGAGCCGUGCUGUGGAGCUGACUCUUAACCCUACUAUUGCACAUGAAGCAAGAAAUCAAGCUUAUAAUGCAUGUGAGAGUUUUAAAGAAAACUCUCCAUGGUGUGCACAAGCUGGGUUACUGUUGGCGAGCACAGCCCACUACUCUCCUGUGGUCAAGCAUUUUGGUCUGCAGCUCAUGGAACACACAGUUAAAUAUAGGUGGACCCAAAUAACUCAAGCUGAGAAGUUGUUUAUCAAGGAAAAUGCCAUGAAAUUGUUAUACAUGGGUGGUUGGGAGACGGGGCAUUUGAAUGAUGCCUUAGCUCGUGUGAUCGUGGAAAUGAUUAAACGAGAGUGGCCUCAGCAAUGGCCCACAUUGUUAUCUGAGCUCAGUGAUGCCUGUUCUAGAGGGCAUUUGCAUACUCAAAUUGUGCUGCAUGUGUUUCUGAGACUUGUUGAAGAUGUUGCUACUUUACAAACACUGGAGCAGCACCAACGACGGAAAGACAUCUACCAGGCCCUCACAAGCAAUAUGGCAGAGAUAUUUGCCUUUUUCAUGCGUCUCAUAGAGUUGCAUGUGCAGGAGUUUAGAGAGAAGACAGCAGCAGGGGAUUAUAAUGCUGCCGCAAGCAAUGGUAGAGUUGUGCAGGUGGUCCUGUUAACCUUGACAGGAUUUGUGGAAUGGGUAUCUACAAAUCAUGUAGUGACCAACAAUGGACGCCUACUACAAAUUCUAUGCAUUUUGCUGCAAGAUGAUGUAUUCCAGUUGCCUGCUGCUGAAUGCUUGCUACAAAUUGUGAAUAGGAAAGGCUCUACAAAAGAGCGCAAACCACUUAUGAUAUUAUUCAGUGAAGAUGCAAUCUCAUGCAUUCAUCGUGCAGCCGUGUCGAGUAUUUCUGCAAUGGAUGAAAACCACUACCUGUUUUUGAAGAAACUUUCACAGGUGUUAGCAGGUCUCGCGCAGCAGCUGACCUCGCUAUGGAACUUUGCGUCCAACUCUGAACGCUGGCUGCCCGUGUUAUUGGAAAGCGCGUUGUUACUAACAUCGCACGCGUCGCUAACACUCGCGCACACGGCCAACUCGCUGUGGCUGGCGUUCCUGAAGCACGAGCAGAUCUCGCGCCUGCCGCACGUGCUGCAAGUGUUGCCGCGGUGGCUGCACGCCGCUGUGCCUAAAAUUCUUAAGGUAACAUAUCCAUCAUCGCGUGUGAGUGGUUCAAACGAUGCAGUGUCAUAUGCUUGUAUGGAUUAUGACAGUGAACAAGAGUUUGCCAUCUUCUUCAGUCGUUGUCGUACCGAAAUUUUGGAGAGCUUUAGGUACUGUAUGGUAGCAGCACCUUUAGUGACAUGGUCAUAUGUGGAACAGUGGACACAAACGGCACUGGACAAAUUGGAGUCAGCUCCGCCGACUAUGGAUGUGACACAUCCAUUGCAUGUAGAGUGGGAAGCACUUGCACAGGUGCUGGACGUGGUGCUGUCCCGGCUGCUGCAAGCGGAGCCGCGGCCCAACGUGGCGGAGGGGCUGCGGCUGCUGCAGCGCUGCGUGGCGAGCGAGCCGCGCGCGCCGCUGCUGCUGUCGCUGCUGCUCUCCUUCAUAUCCGCGCUCUUCGUGUUCCUCAGCUGCGCGUACAGCCAGCUGGCCGGGCCAAGUGUGGGUUGCGCGGGUGCGGAGUUGCUGCCACGCGUGCUGGAUAAGAUCUUCGCGGCGUUGGUGUACGAAGGCGCGCCGCCCGAGGGCCGCGGUGCGCGUGUUGUUAAGAACGUGCGCAGACACGCCGCCGGUCUGCUCGUAAAACUCGGCUCUAAGUACCCGCUGCUGCUGCUGCCGGUGUUCCCGCGGCUGCACGAGAUGUGCCGUGCUGCGCUGGCGCGGCCCGACCUCAGCGCUGUGGAGAGCGUCACGCUGCAGGAGGCGCUGCUGCUCGUCUCCAACCACCUGUGCUGCUACGAGCGGCAGAGCGCGCUUGUCGCACAGGUGUUGGGCGAUUGUAGUGCACGCUGGGCCGCCUUAUCUGCGCACCUCACCAGCGCAGAAGCUCUAGCCCGGCUAAUUGGCCUGGACGCGCCGCCCACGGACGCGGACGAGGAACGCGGUCGAGCUCGCCGUACACUCCUCCACGCGCUAUCACUCGCGCUCGGCGUCGUCAAACGUACUUGCGUGCCAGCUGAUCCAGAUAAAGCUGCCCGUGGCGGGUUCGGAGCCGGACUCACACCAUCCGGAAACCCAGUUUGGCGCAACCCGGCCGCAGCACAUGUAUUGCCGCUGUUCCCGCACGCACUAGCUCUGGGCCGCGCGCUGCACGAACUGCACGCUCCACAUGCAGUGAAUCUGCGCCACCCUGCGCAUGCGCGUGCACUGCAACCACCGCCCGCUGAGAGGCGGAACUUACUGGGCAUGCGUGAUGAUACUCCACUAGCGCCGCUCUCAGUGCCGCAAGCUACAACGCCGCAGGAUAGAAUGCAGAACUUCUUGCACACUUUGCACGAUAAUGUGUGCCAGCUAGUGGGCGCGGCGGCCGCGUCGCUGGGCCGCGAGCUGUACGGCGCGGGCGGGCUGGCGCGCGCGGUGUGCGGCGCGCUGCUGGCGGCGCCCGCGCGCCUGCCCGACCACUGGCUGCGCCGCGUGCUGCGCGCCGCGCUGCGCCCGCUGCUGCUGCACUGCCCGCCCGCGCACUACGCCGACGUGGCGCUGCCGCUGCUGCAGCACGCCGCGCCGCUCAUGGUUGUACAUUUAACACAACGUUGGGACUACGUGACGUCGCUGUACGAGUCUGGUAAACUGGAAGAGGAGUGUGGAAGUGAAUCGCAAGAAGUUUUAGAAGAUAUGCUAGUCCGCCAUCUUACUAGAGAAUAUUUAGAAGUAUUAAAAGUGUCGCUAGUGGAGGGCGGGGUGGCGUGCGAAGCGAGCGUGGACAUGGACGAGGACAGCAUGGGCGGCGGCGGCACGGCAACGGGCGGAGCUGCGGCCCGCGCGCCCGAGCACGUGUCCGAGCUGGGCGCGCUGCUGCUGGCUGAUCCCGUGGCGGGGCCGGCGCUGCUGCACACGAUCCUGCGUGCGCUCACAUGGAACGACUCGACGUCCUCACUGCGCGCGUGUGCACUAGCACUGCCCGCACUGCGCGCGGCACUCGGCGCGAACAGCGUGAGCGCGGCGGAGGCGAACGGCGCGCUGGCGGCCGUGCUGCACGCGCUGCGCCUGCACGGCCAGCACGAGGCCAACCAGGCGGCGCUGCUCACCCUCGCCGUGCAGGCGUACGAGACGCUACGGCCCCGUUUCCCGGGCGUGGCGAGCGUGCUGGGCGCGAUCCCGGACGUGGACGCGCACGACCUGCGCCGGCUCGACGAGAAGCUCACUGCUCACCCCGCACGACCCGCCAAGAUCGAUAAGAGCAAGAAGGAGCUGUUUAAGAAGAUCGCUUCAAGGGUGAUCGGCCGCAACGUGGGGCAACUAUUCAAGAAGGAGGUGUUCAUUCUAGACUUGCCGACCAUGCACGCGCCCAAAGAGAAGCGCACUGUGGACGGUACAGAAGGCGGGUUGGAACAGUUGUUCGCGAACGCGCCCACAUAGCGGCGCACGUGCGAACGCGACGACGGCUCGCCCGAUACUGACGCAUUUGGCUUGUGAUUGGUUCACGCGCUCUGUAGUCUAUGCGCGUCUGUAUAUCUCUGGCUCGACCGAUUCUCAAUUCGUGUGUGAAUAUCGGGUAGAUAUUAGUGAUAAGAGUAAGCAACGUUUGCUGGGACAGCUAGUGUUAUACAGAUGCGUUGUGGAGUUGCGUGAUGUGAUUUAAUUUGUACCUAUACUGCGUCUGCGAUGUCGCGUUAUGUGAUAAAGUUCUAAAUUGUUGUGUAAUUGAUUCGUCUUCCCGUGGAAGUCAGGAAUCAGCGGUUUUAAAUAUAUCCUGGAUAUGAUUAAAGAAUAUAUAAUUCAUUCAUAUGAUAAUGUGGCUGUUUUAUAAAUAAAUAAAUAAUUCAGGACAAGUACUAUACAAAUAAGUGGGCUGAAUUCCAAUUAAAUGCAUCUUUGGGCUAAACCAACACAUUUGUCAGCAAUUGCUAUUCAUUCGUAAUUACUCCAUGGCCAUAUAAUUACAUAAAAUAAAUGAGAUGUUGAGUUGCAAGGUUAAUUUUUUAAAUGGAAUGACAAUAUCUUGCAUUAUAACAUCUAGGACCAAAUUAGCAUAUUUCGUCGAUGGUCAUGUAUGGUUAAUGACAUAUUAUGUAAAUAUGGAUAGAAUAGUUGAAAUACCGGGAAUUAAACAUGAAAUUGUGUAAAAUUUUAAUUUAUCAACAUUUACAUCAGUCAUCAAUAAAUUAUCAUAUUAUUGUCUAGUUAUCAAUAACAAGUUGGAACUAAGCUGUUGUCCACUAAAUUUAUGAGAUGCGUUUGUGUAUAGAUUGUACAAGUGUACUUACGAAUAUUUUUUAUUUUGUUAUACAAAUGUAUACUUAAAAAUAAAAACAAUAAACACACAAUGUGACCUAUAUGCAAUAAUUUAAGGAAAUGAUUGAGAAUGUCAGAGCGAAUGUAGGAUGUAUUAUAAAGCGCAAUACACAUUGAGCUCGCCGGGCCGCCGACAUAUUAUGUCGGCAACUUUUUGUCGGCGGUCUAGUCGGCGGCUUGAGAUGAGAAAGUGUGUAUUGCGCUUAGUUUAUACAUUUAGCCAAAUGCGUCAUGGGUCAGAGGCAUCACUGUGUAAAGUAUUAAAUACGAUAAAGAGCGCAACUAUUUAUUAGGGUCGUGUAUAUUUUGUUGGCAAAAAUGUUUAUAUUGAUGUCUGAAAGUUUGUAAAUGUAUUGUAUUAUGACGAAUUGCUGUUGUGGAAUUGAAGGGUUUUUAUUUGCGAGUUAUAAGGAACGUGUUUUGUGUUAUAUUUUUAAUUUUAUUUUAUCGAUAGAUUCAUUAUGUUUCUUUUAUUUUGACACCGAGUGCGAUAUUAUUUUUAGAUUUGUUUUAAGUUUUAUUGAAUCUAUUCUGUUUAUUAAAAAGGAACAAAUGGUUUCGUAUCAUGGAAUUAAUCACAGAUUAUUUUAUUUAUUGAAUUUUAUAUCAAUCCCUUGAGUUUAUUGUUCAUGUAAAGCUGUGCAUCAGCCAUCCGUGAUUGUUUAUCAAUUUAAUGUUCCUAUUUAGAAACAAUAAUAUUUUAGUCAUAAUUAUUAUGUAUGUAACUGUAUGGUAUCCAUUAGCUUGAAUAAGGUCUCAGAUCUACAUUUACUAACGUACUUCGAUGUAGACACUUUUGUGUUAUAUUUUUUCAUUUGUACAUUAAGAGGGGGUUUAAUACAACAGCCCGAGGUCCAGGAAUGUUGAAAACUAAAUGAUGGGCCGAGGACUGUUCAAGGGAUUUGUUAAAAUCAGAAAGAAUAUUUUUUGUAAACAUGAUAUAAUCAGCUUUUAGUACGAUGUUCGUUUCAAUAGUGCCUUUUCAAUAGUACAGACGUUAAGAAAUUGUCUCUUAUGGCAUCGUGAGAAACACAAAGACUGACUAACGACCUAAAUGCGCUUAAUCCAUAUGAAUUUGUUACUCAUCACAGCGUUAAGGAUUAAUUUGGAAUUUAUGUAAUUUUGUGUACAGAAUGUGUUGUAAAUAGAGAGGUGUGUCGCGUUCGCAUGGAGCCCGGGGAUUUCGGCCAUAUCGUACUCGCAAUGUUAAACAUUCUAAUGUGAAUAACCGUUUAUAUGUUAUUUAAAUAUAUUAUUAAACAGC